AUGGCCGAAUCACUAUCCGACGUUGAUUUACGGUCAUAUCAGCAAGUACUUCUACACUGGAUUGAGAACAAUCCGCAGAAAAAACUCAGCUUUCUUGUCACCGGUAAGACUGGCGUUGGCAAAUCCCGCCUGGUGAAUGCUCUUGUCGGGAAAGAUGUCGCGGAGGAAGGGCGACAGCGAGAUUCUUGCACAAACACAUCAACUCCGCACAAAGUUACAAUUGAAGGUAUUGACGUGCUUGUCUGGGAUUCUCCGGGCCUUCAAGAUGGCGACGCCAAUUACCUUGAAAACCUGAAAUCCGUCAAUUCGACACAUGGCCUUGAUGUCGUCAUCUACUGCAUCAAGAUGAACGACAAUAAAUUUUAUGCCGAAGACAAGAUGGCCAUUUGCAAGCUGACAGAGGGUUUUGGAAAGGACGUUUGGAAAAAAACUGUGAUAGCCUUGACGUUCGCCAACCAAGUCCAAGACCCAGAUGCAGAGGAUCACGACAAACCGGCUAACCAAAUCUAUUUUCUGGAAGAAUUUACGGAGUGGGAAAGGCAAUUAAGAGGUGCGCCGAAUGGAAUCCUAAUUAACCUGGAUAUCGAUUCCGAAGUACUCACGGCACUUCCCAUUGUCGCGGUUGGAAAUUCUACUGGAAACCCCAAGAAGCCGAGACCGCUACCCAACGGUGAUAAAUGGCUCAGUGAGUUGUGGUUAAGUUGCUAUUCUGUAAUGAGUGAUAACGCCGGGAUAGCUCUAUACAAGAUAAGCAAGCACCGCUUAGUAUCUGCCGCAACUGCUAAAGCACUAGAAGCGGCCAACAUUGACCCGACGGACAUACCGGGCGAUAUACCUUUUACCAAGGAACAGGAAAAUGCGUUUUUCAAUAGAAUGUGGGAGUCAUUUAAGCGUGUUGCUCCAACGGCUCUCACCGCUACUGGCGUUGUUGCAAUUGCAGUUAUCGCUACGCUAUUUAAAAAGUAA